AUGAGUCGUGUGUACGACUCUGAGGAGAAGGUGCGGCACCGGAAGUCGGCGGGACCGCUAAGGACCGCACUUAAUGCCGUUGAUGAUUACUUUCAACGAAACUACGUCGGCCAGUCCGAUUCGGCUGAUUUUACGGCUGCUUGGAAGGAGAAGUUUAGCCACGCUCCAACAUGGUGCGAUGCGGAUAUGAGUCUACAGCAGAUCCGAAGGGGGAAGGCACAUGGAAAUCGGAUAGCCCUCUACUCGAGGACGUUCUUUCAGCGGAAUUUGUUUAAAAUGGGUGAUUUCAUCCAGCGAUGGCCCUGGACGAUAGCCAUCAUUUCCUUAAUACUAUAUACGGCCUGCUGUGCCGGCCUGAAAAACGUGAUUAUCGAAGUGGACAUUGUGAAGCUAUGGGUACCGCAAGGCGGACGUCUAGACGAAGAGAUGCACUACCUCUCCCGGGUACACCAGCAAAUCGCGAGGACAAAACGCGACGCGGGCAUGAUGCCGCCACCCAUAAUCCCUGCAGCAGUAGGGCAUGGACCCGGAAAUGGGACCAAGAUGAAGAAGAAGCCGGGGCCCCCAAAAAUUGCAAAACCUGAGGGAUACGCCGGACCGGAAUUGCCGAAGGAGAAUGGGCUGGGCGGCGGAUUUCAGGUAGUCAUCCAAACCCCAGAAGUCGACGGACAGAACGCUCUGAACCAAGCCGGACUUCUGAAGCACGUCACGUUGAUGGAAGAGAUCGCCGCAUACAAAGUCGAAUUAUAUGGACAGAAUUGGACCCUCGCGGAUAUCUGCUUCAAGCCGCCCCAGCCUGAACUUCCCGCCAACCCCGUGGCCAAGAUUCUGGGAAAGGUGCUCGACCAGAUGAUUCCCUGCAUUUGGAUUACGCCGAUCGACUGCUAUUGGGAGGGUUCAAAGCCGUUGGGCCCGGAUCCGCCUAUCAAUUUGGGAAACGCCGUCUCGUCCUUCAUCCAAUCCCUCCCCAAGGGUAAUGUGACGUGGAAGAACCUGAACCCCAGCAAGGUGAUGGGCGAGGUGACGACCCUCAUCGACUUGGGGCCGGUCGGCAACUUCUUUGAACGCGCUGGAAUUGGCGCCGCCUACCUGGACCGCCCGUGCAUCAACCCUUUGGAUCCGGAUUGUCCAGCGACGGCUCCGAAUUACUUUGAUCGCUGCUCCGCCUUGAAGCGCUUCAACGAGUGGAACAAGGACAAGACGGUCGUUUUGGCUACCGAGGCAAUUCCGGUAGAAGAGGACGCAGAAGACGCGGCUUCCGAAAAUCUGCUGGCUGGAAUUUUUGGGAAAAAGCGGAAGAAGAGGGCAGCCACGGCGACAACGAAGAAGCCGCAAACGCCCAGCCAGGAUUACUACGACUACGAGAAUGAUGACGACUAUUCGGCCAAUAUCAGCACAAUGCUGGUGACCUAUUCGUCAAUCUGCGGCUUGGGCGUCACCACCUGGCUGGGCAUCAACUUCAACGCGGCCACCACGCAGAUCGUCCCCUUCCUGUCGCUCGGGCUGGGAAUUGACGACAUGUUUUUGCUGCUUCAUAAUUACGAUGAAAUCAUCAAUACCGUCAGAAAAGACGAAAUGGGUGUACUCCUGAAAGAAACCGGCUUGUCUGUGAUGGUCACCUCCCUCAACAACAUCUUGGCCUUCUUCGCCGGUACCGUACUCCCCGUUCCGGCUCUACGCUCUUUCUGUCUACAGACAGCCAUUCUGCUCGUAUUCAACCUGCUCUCGUUGGUCAUCAUCUUCCCGGCCUUCAUUUCGCUGGAUUUGAAGCGCCUGAGAAAGGGCAAACGUGAUCUCGGAUAUUGCUUCCCGCCUACCGAAGAUCCGGCGGCUAUCGCGGCCCUGGAUAAGGAGAAUCGGCAAGCUGAGUGCAUCGUCACCGGGCUCACCAUCGCCAUGACGGUGUUCGGGCUCGUCGGAAUGUACAACUCCACCCUCGGUCUCGAGCUGUCCGAUGUCCUGCCCGAACACACGGCCCCCGCCGCCUUCAUGAGGGCCCGCGAAAAAUACUUUUCCUUCUACCCGAUGUUUGCCGUGCUGAAGGGAGGGAAUGUUGAUAUUCCGAAUCAGCAGGAGCAGAUCGAGGAGUUCAGGAGGAGAUUGGGCGAGACCGCAUUCAUGGUGCUAAAAGACGGCAAGAACGCGCAACCGUAUUGGAUGGGGCUGAUGCGAACCUGGCUCGAGUCGCUUGACGUGGCGUUGGCCAAGGAUAUUGCCGAUGGGGUAUUUAGUGAUCUCAAAACCGGCGCCGUGGCCAAGGGCCGGAAGCCGAGCCCCGAGAGCGCAAUUGCCAAGAAGUUGGUCUGCUCCUUCGGGGCGGAAUACAACUGUACUGGAAGGUUGGGCACGAGGAAGCUGGUGAACAACGGCAUCAUCCAGCCAGAUGGCUUCUACAACUACUUGACCGCCUGGUUCCACGUCGACAACAUGAUGUACUACGUCUCGCAGGCUUCAUUUGCGCCCAGUCCGCCGAAAUGGUCAAUGAAUGAUCGUCCCGAGCCCGUCCCGGCAGCGCGUCCGCUUCUCCACAGCCAGAUCCCCUUCUAUCAGACUGGCCUGACCGAUACGCCGGUGAUCGUGGAGAUGAUCAAGGAGGUCCGCGCCGUCUGCUUGAACUACACCGAAAAUGGACUGGGCGCCUUCCCGUCAGGAAUCGCCUUCACCUUCUGGGAUCAAUACCUCGAUCUUCGAUGGAAUUUGUUCCUGGCAAUUUGCUACAUCGCCUUCGCCGUGUUCGUCGUCAUCUCGACGCUCAUGUUCAACCCGCGCGCCGCAUUAAUGGUGAUGAUGAUCGUCGUCAUUCUCACCAUCCAACUCGGCGGCUUCAUGGGGCUGUUCGGCGUGAAGAUGAACGGCAUUUCGGCGGUGACGCAGAUUUGCGCUGUGGGAAUCGGCGUCGAAUUCACCGCUCACGUCGUGCUGUGCUUCUUGACGUCGUUGGGUACCGUCAAUGACAGGAUGGAAUCCUGUCUGCAGCACAUGUUCGUUCCCGUCUUCCACGGUGCCAUCUCGACUUUCCUAGGUAUUGUCAUGUUGAUCUUCUCACAAUUCGACUUUGUCAUCAAGUACUUCUUCGUCACCAUGUCGGUGCUGGUGACGUUGGGUAUCUGGAAUGGGUUGUGCGUGCUGCCCGUGUUGCUGACGUGGUUUGGGCCGGAGCCGGAGUUAACACCGGCUGACGGCGGAAAUCGUCUACCCGCCCCGCCGCCGCUCGCGCAGCAAAACGCCAGCGAGAAAACGGGCUUCGAUUCUGAGCUUCGGAAUCGGAAAGGCGACGUAGAGAUGACCGAACGUGCAGAAUCGGCGAGUAGCAGUAGCGCGAGCAGCAGCUCCGAUCAC